CACAUCGUCAAGUCAUCUCAUGCAAGCCACAGGUACGAUCCCUCUGGCGCAUCCAUCGCGGCAAGCUUAGUCGACCGCAUAUGCCUUCAAACAGAACUGUAGUCACAAUCUGCGAGCUCAGUAUCGUUGCUUACGAAGCUAUGGUGGUAGAACGCUUCUGCCGCUCCAAAACGGAGGAAUGGCAUCGUCUCAUAGUUUUGGUAUAAAGGAGCUUGCUCAGCCUCGAUAGUACCAGCAUAAACUCACAUCUCAGCAUUAAACACUUCAGUCUACCAGACACUCAAUCAUCAACACUCUCAACCUUCAAAACACUCAAUCUUCAGGACACUUCCAUCUUCAGCAUUCUUACUCACCAAAUUAACAUGCCUUCCUACCUCAUCACCGGAGCCUCCCGAGGAAUUGGCCUCGCCUUCCUUGAGAACAUCUCCAGCAACUCCAACAACACUGUCAUUGGCCUUGUCCGCAACGUAGCCGCCUCCGAAGCCAAGGUUGCCUCUUGGAACAGAAACAACAUCCAUUUCGUUCAGGGCGACCUCGAGGACUAUGAGUCGCUAAAGAGCGCUGCCGCCGCUACAGCCAAGAUCACCGGUGGAAACCUUGACUACCUGAUCGCAAAUGCCGGUUUGGUAGAGGGUGGUUUCGAUUCUUUUUCUAUGCUCGGAAAAGACCCAGAGAAGCUUACCGCCAGCCUAACCAAGUUGUUCAAUGUCAAUGUCACCGGCAACGUCCACCUCCUCAACCUGUUCAUGCCCCUCGUUCUGAAGGGAACCGUCAAGAAGGUCGUCACCAUCUCCAGCGGCAUGGGCGACAUGGAGCUAGUGCGCAAGUACAACAUCUCCGAGGACGCACCCUACUCGAUCAGUAAAGCGGCAGUCAGCAUGGCCGUUGCGAAAUUCAGCGCUGAAUACGCCAAAGAUGGAGUUUUAUUCCUGAGCAUGUCUCCUGGUGUUGUUGGCACGGAUGUCUACGCCGAUCUUUCGGAAGAAGACCAGCAAAAGCUUGGAAUCAUGUCGCAAAAGUUCGCAGCAUAUGCACCUGACUUCAAGGGCCCGAUUACGCCAGAAGAGUCGGUCAAGGCUGUCUUGAGUGUUGUUGAGGCGUCCAGUGUUGCUAAUGGAGAUGGUGGUGCUUUUUACUCUCAUCUUGGCAAGGGUGAGAAGUGGUUAUAAAUGAGUAGUAAGGUAGUCGUAGGAUGGUACAUAGACGAAGUUCAGUUAGUUUCUUCAUUCGUCAAUCCGAUAUUUACAUGAGAGUCCU